CGGAAAUUACAGGUCUGAAUUCUAAAUUUGACCGAAAGGGAUAAAUAAACGCUGCCCUUCUUUCGAAUUUUUCUUUCAGGAGUUGUCUCUUAAUCUCCACCUCCACCAUUUUUUUCCUUUUUAAAUCUUUAUUUGGUUGGAUAAGCAAUAAGAUUAUGAGAAUUCGAAAGAACAAGAAGCUAUCGUGGUUGAUAUAUCCGCAAGGUUCAAGGGCUGAGAGUGUUCUCGUUUGCCGGCUGAACCAGUCACCAUGGGAUGUGAAUCCUUUACCUCAACAACCGUACUCUUCAUAUCUCCACCACCGAUUAGAAUACGAAGAUAGUUUUAACGGAAAUGGGGGCAUUGGCGAUUCUGUCGGUGCUGUUGAGAGCGAGGCUACGAUGGUGGGGAGUAAAGAGCAAGCGAUUAUGAAAGUGGGAGGCAUGAUUAUCGAUGAUAAUGGCGAUAACGAUGAGGUUAAAACAGCCAAGAAGACCCAAUGCCAAGAAGAGGAGGCUUUGCUGCAAUCUUCCAACAACAACAGCAGUAGCAGCAGCGAUAGCGGAAACAAUAUGAUUCCCACAUCGUUGACCAGCAAGAAAGCCGAUAAUCAGUUGACUAGGAGCCGCCGUGGAUCACGAGCCCGAACAUCCAGGAGAGGUGGCUCAUCAUCGGCAUCGAACCUGAAUGAUUUCUACUAUUAUUCUGGGUUUGGGCCGUCGUGGGGAAAAAGGAGACACGGCGGUGAUAAAGAAAGCGAAAUUAGCAAGAAUCUCGUAGAGGUUGCAAACAACGACACUGUUACCACUGCCCAAAACAAUUCGACGCUGUCGUCUUCUUCACAAAUCGAUGACAAUGAGGAAUUUGAUUAUGUCGAGGAGGAGCAGGAAGAGGAUGACGAAAAUGAAUAUAGUGGCGAGAAACGAACGAGAAAGCCCAUUAAAGCAAGAUCGUUAAAGUCACUAAUGUGAAAAAAAAAAGGUGUGGGUUGUUUCAACUUAGCUGAAAUGAUUGUGUUUUUUCGUUGAUUUUAUGGUAAUUGUCUUUUAGAUUUUGACUAAUUUUAAUUUCUUGGCUAAUUUGCUCGUGAGUCGAGUGAACGACCAAUCUGGAUACCUUAGUUAAUAUCUGAAAGGGGUAGGGUUUUUUUUGUAAUUCCAUCAUAUUAUAUCCUUUUCGGUCUGUAUUUUGCUGCGAUGAUAUUUUAUAGAUGGGGACGAAAAUCUUUGCUCAAAA